AUGGAAACGGAAGAAAAACGAUUCCGCCUAGUUGUAUUGGGUCCUGGAAAAGUGGGGAAAACAUCAAUCAUUCGACGCUAUCUUCAUGGAACUUUCGAUGAAAAAUACAAAGAAACCGUUGAGGAUCUUUAUUCGAGAGAUUUUAAUAUACGGGGGAUGGAAGUAUCACUGGAAAUUCUGGAUACAAAUUUUGACUAUCCAGGCAUGCGCGAAAUUGCAAUAACAUCUGCCAAUGCAUUUAUGCUUGUCUUUGAUGUCAAUGAUGUGUCUAGUUUCAAGCAGGUGAGUGACAUAUGGUCACAGAUUGUGCAGCAACGAAAAGAUGCUCGAACUCUUCCAACUGUUAUUGUUGGGAACAAAUGCGAUUCAUCUUCUCAAAAAAUCUUUGAUGCAACAGUUCAAGCAUGGAUGCAACGUUUAAAUUUCAAUAUAAGUUAUGUCGAAUCCUCUGCAAAGAUGAACUAUAACAUAGUGGAAAUAUUCCGAAAUUUUCUGGAACAAAGUGAUUUAUUGGAUGAAGAAAAGUGGACAAAACAGCAAAAAUUGCAACUUUGUGAGAUCUCGCCAUCAAAGAAGCUUAGUCGAAACUGGUCAUUACCGGUUAGCAAAGCUAAAGAUGGCAGUUCAAAAGGUAUCAAUCGACCGGGCAGUUUUCUCCGACGUUCGAAGCAUUUGUCGUUAAGAACGAAAUGUCAUGACAAGGAAGUACAAUUAGAUCUGCCAAAUGAAUGUGACUGUAAGAUAUCUUAG